AUGGGAGAUUCUCGCGACAAGUUGAAGCACUUGGUUCCAGGUAAGUUGGUCACUGAACACACUCAGACUUGCAAGCGAGGAGUGCACAAGUGCAGCUUGUGCGCCGUGCAGCAGUCAUGGUCACUUUACAAAAAACCAUGGCUGAGAGUGCUUCUGGUCGAUGGAGAAUCCAAGCUCGGCUGCAGCUUAUGCGCGAAAGCCGGUCUGGAGGGCCCAUGGGCCAACUUUGAACAAACUCCGACUUCCGUGUUGAAGAAACACAACUUGGAGAGGCAUGAGAAGUCCAAGGGACACAUGACAGCAAGCCAAGAUGAUCUUUGCGGAGCCCCUAGCGACGAGGCUUUUAAGUCAAGUUUGCAGGGUAUGACGCAAGGACAAUCUGCGAGACAAGGUGGCGGAUCGUCCGAUAAAAAAACUCAAGUGCGGUAUGCCCUCUCGGAAGCAGUUUGUGCUCGCAACAGGACUUUGCUGGCAGAGUCUCGCUGCAUCUCAUUGAUGAGAGACGAACGCAAAGGAAAUCUUCUUGUGCGCUUCCGCGCUGUUCUACCGGACCUAACCACCAUCAGUGGCGCGCUUGGCUUGCAGCCUGUGACAGGUUCUGCUGAGUCCAUAGCUGAAGCAACUGCUGAAAUCAUGCAGAACUUCUGCCAACCGAUGCGGCAGCCUCCCAGACAAGCCAAGGAAAGCGAGCAGCCGGUCGACUCUGAACUUCUACGGAAGAUUCAGGACAGGGUCACCAUGGUGGCCAGUGACGCUGCUGCAUCCGAACUUUUAGCAGGUGACUUAGAGAGAGGGCGCCGUAGGGCCGCGACCGACUUUCAAUCCAAAUUUACAAAUUGCAAGAUCGUCGGCAGAGAUGCGGCGCAUGCAUCGACCCGUCCCUUGAAGAGACCAUUCCUUGCAUUGGAACCUGUCAAAAGUUUGACAAACGAAUGGAUCCAUGGGUCCGAAAGCUUCGCUCAGAAGGUGCACCACAGCCACAUCCUCAGCCAAUGGUGGGCCAAGGCCGUCCAAUGCAAAGAGGACUCCGACUUGACUGGAAACCUUUGCACCUCCAUGUCUGCGGCGAAGCACAGGUUCUCGUCAUACUUGAAUCCUCUCAGCCGGAUAAUUCGGAAUUUGCAAGCAGCUUUCAAUGUGUGCGGCAGGGUCCAAGCCAUGCGAGGUGCUGAGGCAACUUGGGCAACCAAGCUUUGCCAAAAUUUCAGUUCGUUCAAAGCAGCUUUGCUUGCAAUGAUUACCGACGCUGCAGCUAUCAGCAACGACUACACAAGGGAAUGCGACCGUGAAGACAUUGAUGUUGCUGAUUUGAAUUUACGAGCCAGCCAUUUUGUCCUCUCGGCAAGGUCUCUCUUCGUUGACCGGAAGGUGUUGACACUACCCACUUUCACGAAAGAAUUCUUAGAUAGAAGAAUUCCCGUGACCAUUCUUCAGGAUGGGUUUGCGUUGGACAUCCAAGUUUCGAACCGAGACUUGGACAGGGCUUUUGCAGUCAUGGAGGAAUGGGUGUCUCUCGUGGAGGAAGUCGUCGCGCAUGAGUUUCCGAGUUGGCACUUGGCGGCGGCAUUUCAAGUUUUUCAUUUGUCUGACUGCGUAAGAGGCCGUGACUGCAGUGCGGAUGUUUUACGGAACUUGGAGAGGCUGGCUCAAGUGUAUUCGGUACCUUUUGAGGCACUGAAGCAAGAGUAUGCCCGCUUGCUGCCCAUUGCUGCAGCUUUGAAGAAGCAAGCAGGUUUGAGUAACAGAGAAGCAUGGAGGGAAGCCCUUCAACGCACAAGCAGUCGGAAAGGUGCCCAGGGAAGGAAGUAUGAGGCCACGGCCCUGAUACAAGUCAUGGCAGCUUGUCAAUGUUGGACCGCAGCCACAAGUGGAGUGGAGCAACAAUUCUCGAAGCUCAAGAGAAGUCCUGUGGAACUUUCCAACGCUUCUGUGGACACAGACCGUCGCCUUGCAAUUGUCAUGGGCGAUGGGCAGGCCAGGAGCCCAGCAGUGCAACCUGAAGUGAUUCAAGCCGCUCGACGAAUCUACGCUUCCCUACUGUCCAGUGGAAGGUCCCGGCCGCGGACAAAACCAAGGUUCGAUUGUGGUGUCACAGGCAAAGUGAAGACCGGAUCUUUUGCCAACUGGAACCGCACAAGAAAGAAAGCAUUGCUGGAAGCAGUGCAAAAAUGCGAAACACCUCCUCGGAAACCUUCCGAGCUGUUGACAGCUGAGGCUCUGGCAGAUGGCUGUUUGUUGCCGGAUGAGGUCACCCAAGAGGUUCAGGAAGAGGCCUUGCGACUGACCAAAGCAAACCGACAAGGAGAUGGCAUCAGUGGGCCUGCCAAGGUCUCAGUGGCCCAGCGUGGUGUUGCUCCAAGAUGGAAGGCGGCAAGGCGCAAGCAGUCCUGGGGGAAUCCUAUUGUUGGUGAAUUGCCUGCCAUUGAUUUGCACGUUUGUUUUUGUUUUGUUCCUGCCAAGCAUCUGCAUCUUACUACCCAUGUCCAGGACCUGCGGCAAGCCAAGCUCUUCGUGGUCUCAAACUUCGUUAGGGUGCAAAGAAAAGUGCGUUUCAUGGCUGCUCUGAGUGGAUCCGUCUUGAUGUCAGCUUCUGCUUUGCUUGGAGCAGGAGGUGUGAAGUUGACGUUUCACCCGGGUCAGGAGAUACAAGUUGCAAUCUUCGUGACUGACACUUUCAAGGCCGAAGAGCCAGGAAUGACUCUACUGCUACGUGAGGCAUGUGCCCGUGGGUGGCAGGCAGUGAGGGCGGAAGAUUUGAAAGGCCGCGGGCGAAAGCCCAGUCUCCAUCUCAGGGGUGCGGGGGAGGCCAUCCCAGCUGGUUUCAACAAAACCAGGGUGAAGUGUUUUACUGUCACCGAAUUUUUGCGUUGGCUCACGGCAACUUGUCUCAACAAGACGGCAAGCUCCCGUGUGAAGAUAGCAGCUGCUUGA